AACAACAACAACAGCAACAAGCAGCAGCAUCAGCUGUAGAAAUGCUGACAGAGAAAAGCUGAUCGUGAUCAAUAGUUGGACCAGCUGGAGCUUGAAACUUGGAGACGUAGCUUGGAACACUUGACGCCAAGCAGCGCAGGCGAACGCAACGCGAAACGCGCUAAAGUUAAAUACAAAGUGUAAGCAACAAAAUUAAUACAGGCAGCCAAGUCGUAGUCGUAGCAGAGGGCAGAGCAGAGCGAGUCGUUGUAGCGACUGCACAUGGCAUAGCAGUGGAUAUGGAUAUGGAUACGUUGGCCAUUAAAAUGUUAAAAUCCAACAGCAGCAGCAACAACAACAGCAAUCAAAUCGUGACUAAAAAGAAAGUUAUUGUCGCUGCUGACGCUGACGCUGGCGCUAGCUCAGCCGGUUCUUGGUUUGCCGCUGGUUCUGGCCAACUGCCUCUUACCUGCUUAAUCUACACGCUCUGGCUUAGCGCUCAGCUGUGCAAGGCAGCGCCACCAGCAGCAGCUACAAAUGAGACUGCCUGGCCAGCAAUGCGUCAUUAUGAUAUUUGGAGCACAGAUUUGCAAGCCACAGCAGCGGAGCAGCUGCUGGAUGAGCAGCAGUACGCAGACGAGUUGGCAGAAGAUGCGCAGCCCAUGCAGGAGCAACUGCUGGAUGAGCACAGCUAUAGAGCCAAGUUGGCGCAGAGCAUUAGCAAUCUUACGAGCAGCCAUCGCGCCGCCAAAGUAAUUCAUUUGUUUCCGGUGCCUGUGGAUGGCGAGUGCUUGUCAGACGAUGGACGCCGUUUGGGCAACUGCUUCAAUGCCUAUGAAUGUCGCCAGAAGGGCGGACAGGCGAAGGGGGAGUGUGCCAUGGGCUUUGGAGUCUGCUGCGUAUUCGUGGCCAGCUGCAAUGCCACUAUCAGCAACAAUAUUACGUAUAUAGUGUCGCCAGAGUUUCCCAGCUUUAUGCCAAGCAAUCUGACUGGCUGCCAGCUGAAGAUUAAGCUCAUGGGUGAGGACAUUAGCCAAUUGAGAAUUGACUUUUAUCACUUCUCGCUGGGACAGCCGAAUCGACGCACUGGCGUAUGCGAUGGCGAUGUCUUUACGAUUAGCGGCGGACCCAGCGGUGCCUUCUCGCUCUGUGGCCAAAACAGUGGACAGCAUUUGUACUACGAUGUUGGUGCCAGGGCAAGACCUCGCCAGAGCUCCACGCUGUACGGCAGUCUGCGUCCCACUGUGCCGGCCAAUCAAAGCAGCAGCAGCGAACAAGAGCAGCUCAUCGAGAUCAAUCUGAAUCUCUCGGCGCGCUUUCUGCCCAUUCGCUUGUGGGAGCUGCGCGUGGCACAGAUUCCAUUCAGCCAGCGAGCUCCCGCGGGCUGUUUGCAGUACCACACCGGAUUGGAGGGCGUCAUGCAGACCUUCAACUUUGCGGACAAUGGCAGACAUCUGGCCAAUCAGCACUAUCGCGUCUGUGUGCGUCAAGAGUCGGACAUGUGUUCGAUUAUGUAUCAGCCCUGCGAUGAGCAAUCCUUUCGUAUUGGUGGCGGAGGCGCUGGCGGUGGAGCAUUCCUCACCAGCAGCAGCAACAGUCCUGGCGCUGUUGCCAACAAUCCAACAUCUGGCGCCAGCCUCAGUUCAAGCACAGCCGGCAGCUUGAGCAAUCGCAUCUCCAGCACAACAACAGCGCCCAGCAGAGUAAGCACCACUAGCAGCGCUGGCAUCAAUGCCGCCAGCAGCACUGCGACUAGCUCCGAGACAACUGCAUCGGUCACGCCCAUUCCAGUGCGUUCAAGCACCGCCAGCUCUGAGCCAGCCACUGAGGCUAGUGUCGCUCCUUCCGCUGCACCAUCAUCAUCACCCGCUCCAGCAGCCACAGCUCCACCCACGCAAUCACCAGCGCCCUCAGCCUCUCCCUCGCCUAGCACUACAACUGCUGCUGCUGCUCCCGCCAACGACGAUGUGGAGGGCUCUGGUGGUGAGCAGGAUGACAGUGUCUUUAACUUCUUUGGCACCACAGCGCGUCCCGGCGUCUCACGACGUCCGCGUCCAGUGAACAGCAAUGCCAGCUCCUCCGGCGGCUUUGAUCUGCUCGGCUUUCUGCGCAGCGCCUUCGAUCUGCGCGUUCGCCAUCGUCGCCGUCGCAGUCGCCAGUCGCGUCAAUUCUUCAGCACUUGCACGGAUCGCAUUACCAUGCCCUGCAUCAUUGAGGACUUCAUUGGCACCGGACUCGGCCCGCUGCCAGGCUGCGAGCCCGUGCACUGCGGCUCCCAGUUCUGCUCCUCCGGCGUCUGGCCAUGUCGCAUCGAGAGCACAGUCACGCCCUUCUACAUUGGUGUGCACUUUGGCGAUGGCGCAGGUGCCGCCAAGGGCAGUCCCGAGGAGAACAUUGGUGCCUGUCUGCGCUACCAACAGGUGCAGUGCAUCUAAGCUUCGAAUGCAUUUCGUUUUAGAAAGUGUUCCCCCCAAGAAAAAAAUGAAUUCAUAUUAUUUAUUA